UUAUACUGAAAGGAAGCUUCCUGUGCCAUCUUGCCGCUUCAAUCAAUGGCGGCUUGACAGACCCGCGGCAUCGGAUGGCUGCGCUGCCGCCUUUUAGUCAGUCAGUCGGUACCGAGUCGACCUGCUUUCUUCGCCGCUUGACACCACAGACCACGACCACCGGACCGGGGAGGCGACGGAACCGGCUCCGGUAUGAAGCGUCCCCUCAGCCAAUCAACCCCGCCGGGCGCCGAGCCGGCUGCGUCGGAGGCCGGCGACAUGGACGUCGAGCGCUGUCGCCAGGCCGCGGUGGUAAAGAAGUCAUCGGCGGGGGGCUCCUUGCUCCCCUCUUCACCGUCGCGUAGGCCCAAAAGGGAGCGCAGGCAGCGCAGCUACACACUGUGCGGCGUCUGCAACAUCCAGCUGAACUCGGCGGCGCAGGCGCAGAUCCACUACAACGGCAAGUCUCACCAGAGGAGGCUCAGGCAGAUCAGCAAUGGCGGCAGGAAGACCAAGAGCAGCACAGGUACAUCGGGACAGGCGGGGCCUCUCCUCGCCUCGCUGCCCAUAGGGGGCCGGCAGCUGCAACCUCAGCUGGACCUCAAACACCUCCUGCCCUUCCGACUCAACGGCUCCUCCCCUCUCAGCCUCUUCCCCAACUUCAGCACGAUGGACCCUGUCCAGAAGGCAGUGAUCAACCACACUUUUGGCGUCCCUCAGCCCCUCAAGAAGAAGCAGAUUAUCUCCUGCAACAUUUGCCACUUGCGCUUUAACUCCACGAACCAGGCAGAGGCGCACUAUAAGGGCCACAAGCACGCGCGCAAGCUCAAAGCCAUCGAGGCCCAGAAGAACAGGCAAAGACGAGGCGGGGAGGCUUCAUCCGGCGGGAGGGAGAGAAACAGAAACAGAGAGCGCAACAGGACCAAGACAACGGAGAUUGCACUGCCCGUCGUUGUGGACUCAAGCUUAGAGGAAGGAACAAGUCUUCAGGCGGAUCACGACGCCGUCACCUCGGACGUGAAGACGGCGGACAGUCCCAGGAGCUCGGCCAUGCUGACGCCGGUGUCGGACGUCUCCGGGACCGAGCUGGUCACCUUCUCCCCUCCUCAGAUCGCAGAGACGGCCUCCGACGGCAUCGGCCUCGAGGCGCCGGAUGCCGUCGAGUCGGGCAACCAGCCCAACGCCUCCGGCGCCGGCGGGGAGGCGCCAACGGACGAGGACGGCAAGAAAAGUAAAGCUCACCUCCACUGUCCCGUCUGCAAGGUGACGGUUAACUCCACCUCCCAGAUGGAAGCACAUAACAGCGGUACAAAGCACAAGCUGAUGCUGGAGGGUCAAAGCGUCCUGCCGCGGCGCCGCAGCAAGACGGGAGGCGGUCGGGGCAGCUGCAAGAGCAGGAGGCUGGGGAGCAAAGGCAGCGUGGGCGUGUCCAGCAAGAACUUCCAGUGCGAAGUGUGCGACAUCUUCGUCAACUCUGAGUCACAACUGACCCAGCACAUGAAUAGCAGACGGCACAAGGACAGGUUGGCGGGAAAACCCCCCAAGCCAAAGUUCACCCCCCACAGCAAGAGCCAGCACAGCUCCAGCAUAGCGAGCAUGAGAUGGAGUGGCUGUGCAGGCGUGGCCGUGUCGGCCAUGAGGAAAGCCUUCAGCCACUACAGCCUCACCUCCAUCUCCUCGCAGACCAAACUGGCCUUGCACAAGCAGCUGACCAAGACCUUGACCACGGGCUUCCUGCCCGGCCCCCUCACGCCGCCGACCCUGUGCACGAUGGCCGCAAACCCGCUGGCGCUGCGCCAUCCGAUGGGCGCCGCCGCCUUCAUACAGACACCCUUCCUGGGGCCCGCACUGUUCCGGCCCGCGCCGGGGCCUCUGCGGGCCCCGCACGCACCAUUCAUCUUCUCCCCCUACUAAACCCAUGUGACCCCCCUCCAUCCCUCCCUCCCUUCCCCCCAUCGCUCUCCCCUUCUUCCCGAGCCCACCCCCUCCUGACAAAGGUCACACUCAAAACUAUGCAGUCUGCCUGACUUGAGACGGACAGCGCCCCCCACCUGUCACGCCUUCUUCCUGCUGUGGCGGUCGCCAGCGAGGGAGCAGGCCGCGCCUCCAAGGGCCGCAUUUAUAGCCAUUCAUCGGGGGCCGCGGGGGGGUUACAUGCUCGGGAUCGUAGGUUUAGUCUCGCUGGACGUUUCGUGCGGUUGACACAAGUCAAGCUCCCUUUACUUGAUGCCCUUUUCAAGCCUUUUCAACAUUUUCCUGUCGUGUCCAUUCUGCCCCGGUCUACCUUUAACACACAAACACUGACACACAACAACACACAAGGAAACACAACAACACACAAGGACACAUUUCCUCACUUCUGGGUGAAAGGCGGGUGCUCGUUCACAACGGUGUGUCCUAAAAAGAAGCUGCGCCUGUCAGUCAUCACCCAGGGCUCUGGUUGAUCGGCAAUAAUCAUUCUUGUGUUUCAUGUUGGAUUUACGGGAGCCUCUUUUCCCCACUAAAACUAAAAUACUCCAAUGGGAAGUCAGAAUUAUGAGAUAAAAAGUCAUAAUUAAAUGCAAUAAAUUCGACGAUAGGAUAUAAAAAGUACUAAUUAGAAGAUAAAAAGUCAUAAUUGUGAGCGAAAAGUCGAAAGUUAUGAGAGAAAAGACGAAAAUUAUGACUAAAAAUAUGUCGGGAUUAUGAAGAAAUUUAAAUUAUGAGAUAAAAAGUCAUAAUUAGGAGAUCCGUCCAUCCAUACAUCUUAUUCCGCUUAUCCGGAGUCAGGUCGCGGGCGCAGCAGCCUAAGCAGAGAAGCCCAGACUUCCCUCUCCCCAGCUACUUGGUCCAGUCCCACCCAGGGGAAUUAAGAGGUAUAAAUCGAAAUUAUGAGAUAAAAAGACAAAAUUAUGUAAUAACAAAAGUAUAAUAAGCAAGUCAAAGUUAUGAGAUAAAAAUAAUUAUCAUUAGAUAAAAUGUCGAAAUUAUGAGAUAAAAAGUUGCAAAAAUGUAUAAACAAAAAUCGAAAAAGUCUUAAUUAUGAGAUAAAAGUCAAUGUCAUGAGAUAAAAAGUCAAAACUGUGAGAUAAGAAAGUCAUAUUUAAGAAAUAGAACCUCAUACUUAUAAAGAAAUUGAAAUUAUGAGAUAAAAAAGUCAUAAUUAAGAGAUCCAUCCAUCCAUACAUCUUAUUCCGCUUAUCCGGAGUCAGGUCGCGGGGGCAGCAGCCUAAGCAGAGAAGCCCAGACUUCCCUCUCCCCAGCGACUUGGUCCACCCCCACCCGGGGCGAAUUAAGAGGUAUAAAUCGAAAUUAUGAGCUAAAAAGACGAAAUUAUGUAAUAACAAAAAACAAAAUUAUAAUAAGCAAGUCAUAGUAAUGAGAUACAAAUAAUUAUCAUUAGAUAAAAUGUCGAAAUUAUGGAAUAAAAAGUCGAAAAAAUGUAUUACCAAAAGUCGAAAUUAUAAGAUAUAAAAAAGUCAUAAUUAUGAGAUAAAAGUCAUUGUCAUGAGAUAAAAAGUCGAAACUAUGAGAUCAGAAAGUCAUAAUAAAGAAAUAGAACCUCAUAAAAAUGAGAUAAAAGUCGUUAUAAAGAGUCGAAAUUAUGAGGUAAAGUCAUAAUUAUGAGAUAAAAAUGUAAAAUGUUGAAAUAAUAAAGUCAUAUUUAAGAGAUAGAAUGUCAUAUUUAUGAGACAAGAAAGUCAUUAUCAUGAUGUAAAAAGUCGAAAUUACAAGACAAGAAAGUUUAAAUUAUGAGAUAAAAAUCAAAAUUAUCGAAUGAGAAAGUCAGAGUUAAGAGAUAAAAUGUAAAAUUCUGGUGUAAAAAGUUAAAAUUAUGUAUUAACAAAAGUCGAGACUACAAUAUUUUAAAAAGUCAUAAUUAUGAGAUAAAAAUUCAUAAUUACCAGAUGAAAGUCAUCAUGAUUUAAAAAAAUGUAAUUAUGAGUUUGAAGAAAGUUGUAAUUAUGAGAUAAAACUAAUUAUCAGAUAUAAAAAGUCGAAAUUACGAGAUAACAAAGUUUAAAUUAUGAGAUAAGAAAGUUGAAAUUAUGAGAUAAAAAGUCAUAAUUAAGAGAUCCACACAUCGUAUUCGGCUUAUCCGGAGUCAGGUCGCGGGGGCAGCAGCCUAAGCAGAGAAGCCCAGACUUCUCUCUCCCCAGCUACUUGGUCCAGCCCCACCCGGGGGAUCCACAGGAAUUAAGAGAUAAAAAUCGAAAUUAUGAGAUUAAAAAAAUGAAAUUAUGUAAUAACAAAAAUCGAAAUUAUAAUAAGGAAGUCAUAGUUAUGAAAUUAAAGUAAAUAUCAUGAGAUAAAAUGUCGAAAUUGUGAGAUAAAAAGUAAGCAAAAAGUAUUACCAAAAGUCGAAAUUAUAACAUAUAUAAAAAAAGUCAUAAUUAUGAGAUAAAAGUCAUUGUCAUGAGAUAAAAAGUCAAAACUAUGAGAUGAGAAAGUCAAAUAAGAAAAAGAACCUCAUAGUUAUGAGAUAAAAGUCAUGAGAUAAAGAGUCGAAAUUAUGAGGUAAAGUCAUAAUAAUGACAUAAAAAUUUAAAAUGUUGAAAUGAUAGUCAUAUUUAGAAUAGAAUGUCAUAUUUAUGAGAUAAGAGAGUCAUCAUCAUGAGUUAAAAAGUCAAAAUGAUGUAUUGACAAAAAUCGAGAUUAUCGAAUUUUCAAAAAUCACAAUUAAGAGAUAGGACGUAAAAAUUAUGAUGUAAAAAUUCAAAAUUAUGUAUUAACAAAAUUUGAGUUUAUAAGAUUUUAAAAAGUCAUAAUUAUGAGAUAAAAAUGUAUAAUUACCAGAUGAAAGUCAUCAUGAGAUAAAAAAAAAUUAAAUAAUGAGAUUAAAGAAAGUCAUAAUUAUGAGAUCAAAUUCAUUAUCGUGAUAUAAAAAUACAAAAUUACAAGGUAAGAAAGUAUAAAUUAUGAGAUAAAAAGUCAAAAUUAUCGAAUGAGAAAGUCAAAGUUAAGAGAUACAAGGUAAAAAUUCUGAUGUAAAAAGUUAAAAUGAGGUAUUAACAAAAGUUGAGAUUAUAAUAUUUUAAAAAGUCAUAAUUAUGAGAUCACAAUUCAUAAUUACCAGAUAAAAGUCAUCAUGAGAUAAAAAAAUUAAAAUAUGAGUUUAAAGAGAGUCAUAAUUAUGAGAUAAAAUUCGUUAUCAUGAUAUAAAAAGUCGAAAUUACAAUAUAACAAAGUUAUCAUUAUGAGAUAAAGAGUCGAAAUUAUGAGGUCAAGUCAUAAUUAUGAGAUAAAAAUUAAAAAUUUUGAAAUGAUAAAGAGAUAGAAUGUCAUAUUUAUGAGAUAAAAAGUCAAAAUUAUGAAAUAAGAAAGUUGAAAUUAUGAGAUAAAAAGUCAUAAUUAAGAGAUCCAUAAUUAAGAUAAAGAACCUCAUAAUUAUGAGAUAAAGGUCAUUAUAAGAUAAAGAGUCGAAAUUAUGAGGUAAAGUCAUAAUUAUGAGAUAAAAAUUAAAAAUGUUGAAAUGAAAAGAAAUAGAAUGUCAUAUUUAUUAUAUUCAAAAUAUUCAUUAUCCUGAUGUAAAAAGUCGAAAUUAUGUAUUAACAAAAAUCGAAAUUAUAGAAUUUUAAAAAAAUCUAAAUUAUGAGAUAAAGCCAUAUUUAUGAGAUAAAAAGUCGAAAUUAUGAAAUGAGAAAGUGAGAAUUAAGAGACAGAAAGUAAAAAUUGUGAUGUAAAAAGUCAAAAUUAUGUAUUAACAAAAGUUGACAUUAUAAGAUUUUAAAAAGUCAUAAUUAUGAGAUAAAAUUUAUUAUAAGAUAUAAAGAGUCAAAAUUACAAAAUAAGAAAGUUUAAAUUAUGAGAUAAAAAUCAAAAUUAUGAAAUGAGAAAGUCAGAGUAAAGAGGUAGAACGUAAAAUUCUGAUGUAAAAAGUUAAAAUUAUGUAUUAACAAAAGCAGAGAUAAUAUUUUAAAAAGUCAUAAUUAAAUUUAUGAGAUAAGAAAGUUGAAAUUAUGAGAUAAAAAGUCAUAAUUAAGAGAUCCAUAAUUAAGAUAUAGAACCUCAUAAUUAUGAGAUAAAGGUCAUUAUAAGAUAAAGAGUCGAAAUUAUGAGGUAAAUUCAGAAUUAUGUGAUAAAAAUUUUUGAUUUUGAAAUGAUAAAGAGAUAGAAUGACAUAUUUAUGAGAAAAAAUAUUCAUUAUCCUGAUGUAAAAAGUCGAAAUUAUGUAUUAACAAAAAUCGAGAUUAUAGAAUUUUUAAAAAUCUAAAUUAUGAGAUAAAGCCAUAUUUAUGAGAUAAAAAGUCAAAAUUAUGAAAUGAGAAAGCGAGAAUUAAGAGAUAGAAAGUAAAAAUUAUGAUGUAAAAUGUCAAAAUUAUGUAUUAACAAAAGUUGACAUAAUAAGAUUUUAAAAAGUCAUAAUUAUGAGAUAAAGUGUAUUAUAAGAUAUAAAAAUUCUAAAUUGUGAGACAAAAGUCAAAAUUAUAAAAUGAGAAAGUCAGUAAAGAGGUAGAACCUAAAAUUCUGAUGUAAAAAGUUAAAAUUAUGUAAUAACAAAAGUAGAGAUAAUAUUUUAAAAAGUCAUAAUCACGAGAAAAAAAGUCAUAAUUACCAGAUGAAUGUCAUCAUGAGAUAAAAAAUUGAAAUUAUGAGAUUAAAGAAAGUCAUAAUAAUUAGAUAAAAUUAAUUAUCAGAUAUAAAAAGUCGAAAUUAUGAGAUAAGAAAGUUUAAAUUAUGAGAUAAAAAGUCAAAAUUAUGAGAUAAGAGAGUUUAUAUUAUGAGAUAAAAAGUCAAAAUUAUGAGAUAAAGUCAUAACAAUGAGAUGAGAAAGUCAUAAUUAUGAUAUAGAACGUCAAAAUGAUCAGAUAUAAAUUGCAUAACUGUGCUGCACUCUCAUGAUUUGAACUUUUUAUUUCACAAAUAUAAUUCAUUAUUUGGAUAUUUUCCUAUUUUAGUGGCAAAAAGGGGCUUCUAAAAAUGUGUUUGUAGCUGAUGAGAAUAAGUGAAAAGUGGUCCUGGGAACUCUGCAGCAGCAAUGUUUGGGUCCAGGUGGUGGGAGGAGCCUAAUCGCUGCUUGACUGACAGCUGGCAGCGUGGCAGAGAACAAAUCCCGGCGCCAUGGCAACCACACUUUUUGUUUCAAGAGCACCCCUGACAUCGCUCAGAAAAAAGCCAUAUUUCUUCUUUUUGUGCGUGUUUUAUGGACGCAACGAAAAGAUUCCAUGACAUUUAAAGCAAUACACACACACACUUAAGGCCUCACCUUGCAUCACUCACAACCUCUUAGUUUAGGCUCCGCCCCUUGUCCUAACCAGACUGUUAGUAAGAACUUCACAAAAAAAAUCUUCAAAGGAGCACAUCCUAGGUAUUUUCUCUCAUUGUGCAAUAUGUAAAGGUGUGUGUGUGUGUGUGUGUGUGUGUGUGUGUGUGUGUGUGUGUGUGUGUGUGUGUGUGUGUGUGUGUGUGUGUGUGUGUGUGUGUGUGUGUGUGUGUGUGUGUGUGGUAAAGCGCCCAGUCCUCGUGCUACGUUCAGCCCGCCGUGAUCUCCCGCCUGUCCGUCAAAGCAGCCGACCUCACUGUUGGUUUUAUGGAGCGUUCCCCGUUCAAUGUCGAAACCUAUAGAAGAACUAUUAGAACUUUGAUGAUUAUCGCCCAUAGAUCUGUGGGACAAACACGGAUUGUCCUUUAUUGAGCUUUCCUUUUUGUAAGAGAACAUAUUUAACAGUAUGGUGUAUGGAUUUAAGGCCUUUUGAGGGAUGGGGAAAAAAAAAAAAAGCAAAGAAAGUACGACAUCCCCUUAGGCGGGCCUUCUCAGGGGUGACCAGGUCCAGCCAACGCUAACGCCGCCAUCCACAUUUCAGGGUACCGCUCGUUAAAGACGACCGUACCGCCGUCAGCGCAGCCGCGGAUGGAUUUUGGAAAAUAAAAGCUUUUAGAACUUCUUAAA